UUGGCCAAUUGUUUUGAUUUUAUAGCCGCCCUACCAAAAUCGAAAGCCGUUCUAACAAUCCCUGGAUCGUUGGCAAAUGAAAGCGAUGAAUUUGUUACGCUAUGCGGUGAUAAACUAUUUGAACUUGCAUCCAGAUUUUAUUGCCGCGCCAUCAAAUUGAGUUCGUCCGAUUUAUCCCUUUGGUAUGAGUUGUCCUUGAAUUAUUACAAUCGUUCAUUAAAAUACGGAACAACUGAAACGCGUAAAAAGUACCUCGAAUUAGCUGCCGAAACAUCAAAGCAUAUUAUCAAAGAGGCGCCACACAAGUGGAAAUAUUGGAAUUUACUGGGAGUUAUUUGCACUACUAAAGAUGUACAGAAUUUGUCGUUGGCACAGCAUUGUUUUAUCAAAGCCUUGGAAUUGGAUCGUAAAUUGGCCAUUGUAUGGACAAACUUGGGUGUGUUAUAUUUAUCACAAGGUAAAAUAAUGUUGGCAAACACAGCAUUUAAGCAGGCCCAACAAUCGGAACCAUCAUUUGCAAAUGCGUGGACAGGCCAAGCGCAAGUGGCAGAAAUCCUAAAACCAGCCGAAACAAUUGAUUUGCUGCAACAUUCAAUAACACUGAGCUACAACGAUGAGUCAGCCAUUCAAUACGCUUAUUGGGUGUGUAUGUUGCUCAGCGAUACGAAAAAUCAAAAGCGUGCACAAUACUAUGUUGAGCAUUUGAAUGCAAUUUCAUCGGCAAUUGAUUCAAUUACCUGGUAUUGUAAUGCAAAUGAAACGAACAUUUCAUCGGAGGCGCUUUCAUUUCUCGGCUACUUAAAUUACAAUCAACGAAAUUGGUGCAUCGCAACUCGCACUUUUCAAGCGGCUAGUCAACAAAUUGAACAAUCAUCAAACCGGGAUAAAAUGCUAUGUAACUUAGCAUACAGUUUGUUAAAAGACAAUCGUCCAAUUGAAGCGGUGCAAGCAUUUGAGAAUGUAACGGAAGCAACAUUUCGGUC